GAAUCGUCGACCUUUCUAGGUCAUUAAUAAACAGUUAUGUCUCGGAGGUCCACGUUUGUUUGAAAAAUCUACACCGCUGUGAUGCUGGGGUGCGUUCCUGUACGAAUGGCGAUUUUCAAGGAGGACCUCGAUCUCUACGGCACUUUGCAAAGGAGAGGAACGUGACAUCUGAUAAGACAAGGAAGACAGUCAUCAUAAAUUUUUUUAGCCAGUAUCUUAUGAAAAAAGAAUAAUCAUGGCGAAGAAGAAGGUGUUUUAUUUCUAUGACCCAGAUGUGGGCAAUUUCCAUUACGGCGUGGGCCACCCUAUGAAGCCACAUAGGCUGUCCGUCAUCCACAGUCUUGUUUUGAACUACGGGUUGCAUAAGAAGAUGCAAAUCUACCGUCCGUACCGUGCAAGUCCGCAUGACAUGUGCAGGUUCCAUUCGGACGAGUACAUUGAGUUCCUGCAGUCGGUCACACCUCAGAACCUUCAGGGAUAUACGAAGAACUUGGCUAGCUUCAAUGUCGGUGACGAUUGCCCUGUAUUCGAAGGGCUGUUCGACUUUUGCUCCAUGUAUACGGGCGCGUCGCUCGAAGGUGCGACGAAGCUUAACCACAAACUGUGUGACAUCGCCAUUAAUUGGUCAGGCGGUUUGCACCAUGCGAAGAAAUUCGAAGCGUCUGGUUUCUGCUACGUCAAUGACAUAGUGAUCGCAAUUUUGGAACUUUUGAAAUACUACGCUCGGGUUUUAUAUAUCGACAUUGAUGUGCAUCACGGUGAUGGUGUUCAGGAAGCGUUUUACCUAACUGAUCGAGUUAUGACAGUUUCUUUUCACAACUUCGGUCCCUGUUUUUUCCCAGGCUCUGGAGACAUGUAUGAAAUUGGGUCUGACUCGGGAAGAUAUUACUCAGUCAAUGUUCCUUUCAAAGAAGGCAUUGACGAUCAAAGUUAUUAUCAAGUGUUUAAACCUGUUAUUCAGUAUGUCAUGGAUUUUUUCAGGCCUACAGCCAUCGUCCUUCAAUGCGGAGCCGAUUCUCUAGAAGGCGAUAGGUUAGGCACAUUCGGGCUAACAACAAGGGGUCAUGGCGAAUGCGUCAGGUUGAUCAGGGAUUGCAAUAUUCCGCUUUUAGUCGUCGGAGGUGGAGGAUACACGCUGAGAAAUGUAGCAAGGUGCUGGACGUACGAAACUUCAUUGUUGCUCCACGAAGCCAUCAGCAACGAACUCCCGUAUACAGAGUACUUAGAGUAUUUCGCUCCAGAUUUCCAACUUCAUCCGGAGAUUCCGCCAAGACAGGAAAACCUCAACGGAAAACAAUAUCUCGAGGCAAUAACCAAAUUCGUGUUCGAUAAUCUAAAGAUGCUUCAGCACGCUCCAAGUGUUCAAAUGAAGGAUAUACCUGGUGACCUGGUACCGUCCGACGAUUCAGCCGUACUGGACGAUCUAGACCCUGAUGUGAGAAUGUCCCAAGCCGAAGAGGACAUGCUCGUCGAGCCGGCGAACGAGUUUUAUAAUGGUGAAAAAGACCAGGACAAACAGAGUGAAAAAAAAUGUGCCGUGUACAUGUAACAAGCUCUACUUUACCUAUUUUUAUUCCCAUUCAAAACUGUCUCACAACUGUUGAGAUUUUUAAGUACAUUUUUUUAAUCAAACCUUAUUUUACUUACACUGCUAAAACAUUUUUUUAAAAGACCUAGUUCAGA